AUGUUUGGUGAUUACGACGAUUUAAAUGAUACUAUUGAUACAUUCUUCGCUGCUUCUCACGUAUUUGAUCUGCCUGUCAAAGAAUUUAGACUUCCAGAUACUAGACGUAAAUGGUUGAAAUACGCUGGACCAGUCAAUGUAUUCGUACCUGUCAUCAAGAAACCGAAGCACGUCCAUAAUGACACUUUUUAUAUACCCACUUUAGCAUCAUGCUAUCACAAGUGCCCUACAAAAUGCCCGGACACGUAUGCACCGGUAUGCGGAGUUCCCGGCAUAGUGGCCCGGGAACCUGCACUGAUAUUCCAAAACCAUUGCUUCAUGGACGUAGCGCAGUGUAAAAUGUUUUGGGAGGGUAAAAGCAGCACCGCUCAUAGCUCAUCCUAUAUGGAAACCUCCUUCCUUUUUUGCAUGGGAGACGAGAUGAAUGCUGUGUACAGAUUCCUACCGGCGAUAAGAACCUUGCAACACAUGGGAAGGUUGAAGAAGAAGGGAAAAUUUCGUAAGAGAAUAAGAAAUUUCAGAUAUCUCAGGGAUUUUAAAGGUGGUCGACCUAAUUUCAUGGGUUGA